AGAUGGGGAAUAAUGCUGGCAAGACCGUCAAGUCAGCAGUAGGAAAAGCUCAAACAGUAGUGGAGGGAGGAAUCCACGGCCUCUCGGCCUGCAUGUCCAAGGAUACGGGAGAUAUAUCCGACAUCAAGAAAGAAACUCCUGUCACGAUCGGCUUUCACGGCCCUGACAUUCACUUCGACGACCUGAGGGUUUCCGGCAGCGGCGUUGCGCUCGCGUCAGAGUCAAUAUCACAGGAUAAAGCAUACUUCGAGGUCAAGAUCGCGAAAGCGGAAGGCCGAUGGGGUGUCGGCGUUUGUAAGCAGAGCGUUCACUCUUCGGACGAGCUGAACGUGGAAGGAGAAGGAUGGUGUCUGAGCUCUGUGCAACUUGAAUACGGUGAAGGAGACGUCAUCGGAGUCACCUAUGACCAGAGCAUAUUCCCCACUGCUUUGCGAUUUUACCAUAAUGGUGAAGUUUUAGAGGAGCUAACAAUCACUAGCAUUCGGGGAGAGGUCUUCCCGGCGGUACAUGUCACAGACGGCGCAGUGGUGGACUGCGAGUUCGAUGGGGAGAACGGGUUUGCUUAUCCUCCUCCUGCGGGAUUCACUGGGGUUGUGAGCAUGAGAAGCGUGAUGUAGAUCGGAACAAGCAUCAUGGUUUUCCUUUUCUUCAGAGGCGAUCAGCCUUUUUUGUAUUAUUUGAAUAGCUUUCGGAGAAACACGUUUUCUGGAGUUUGCACAACAGAAUAAAACACACAGUCACUG